AUGCCAUCGAUCAACGACCCCAGUUCCAGUAAAUCGGGACCACCGGCAAUCAAAAAGUGGCUGGACUCAUCCCAGGACACGGCAUUUGACCAUCCAUACCAAACAUUAGACCAAGACCUCGAAACGCAUGAGCGCCUCCAGUAUCUGAAACAAGACAUCAGAGCCCUCAGCAACGACUCCCUCUCACGCUCGAUCAAACUCGGCAAACUGAAGGGCGCAAAAACGAGAGACGGGAACCUCAUAUCACAGCUCGAGCAGGAAAUCCAAUCGAUCGGAGAAAUGGUCGCGAGUGGGAAGGAGGCCGUCGAGGAGCUCGAGAAGGAGAUACGCAAGGAGCGAAAAAAGAGGAAAUACGAGGUAGCAGUAGACUUUUAUGAUAUUGUUGUCGUCGCGGAAGAAGAGACGCUGAGAUCAUUCAAGCUUCUUAGGUCUCUGACUGAUACCUUGCCGACCGUUGGGGGUGCGGAGAUGGAUGAAAAUGGCCCUGCUGGAGGUCUAUCGUCUGGAGGUAAUGCUGCUGAGGAGCUCGGUGAUUUUGCAUAG